AUGAAAAUUUUGAAGGCUUAUGUGAAGAACCCGCGCCGACCUGAGGCAUUCAUUGUUGAAAGAUAUGUUGCAGAAGAGGCUGUAGAAUUUUGCAAUGAAUAUUUAUCACAGUCAAAAUCUGUUGGCAUCCCUAGUGCUCGCCACAAAGGAAAGGGGUCCGGUAAAGGGACUGUCGGGGGACAACUUAAGAGUGUUGAUCGUGAAGAAAUGAUACAGGCACAUACAUAUGUUCUCAAUAAUACUCCUGAAGUGCAUCCUUACAUAGUUGCACAUAAGGCACUAGUAAAGCGACAAAAUCCUCGAAAACCUGAAAGGUGGUUGGUGCAAGAGCAUAACAAGACAUUCUUAACGUGGUUUAAGAAUCAGGUUUUAAAGGAUGAUACUACUUCGGAAACAAUCACGUGGUUAGCUGGUGGUCCUAAUUUCGAUGUUAGAUGUUGGCGUGGAUAUGACAUCAAUGGGUACUCUUUCUGCACGAAAGAAAGAGAUGAUAAGAGUACUACGCAAAAUAGUGGUGUAUCUGUUGUGGCCGAGUCAAUGCAUUUCUCUAGUUCAAAAGACAAAAAUCCACUGUUAGCUGCUAGUUCUUAUUAUGGUGUUAUUGAUGAGACAUGGGAAAUUAGUUACAUUAAGUUUACCGUGCCCGUUUUUAAAUGUAAAUGGGUUGAUGGUAAUAAUGGCGUGAGGGUAGACGAGUUGGGAGUCAUAUUGGUUGAUUUCAGAAGAGAGGGUUAUAAAAAUGAACCAUUUGUCAUGGCAUGCCAAGCAAAACAAGUCUUUUAUGUUUCUGAUCCGAGUGACCAACAUUGGUCGGUGGUACUCCAGGGUAAACGACAACUUGUUGAUGAUACUGAUGAGCCAAGUCUUGAUAUGUAUGAAUUUCCUUCAUUAUCACCAAGGUUGUCUGUAAUAAAUGAAGAAGAUGAAGUGGACGAUGUCCAUGCCAUACGAGACGAUCAUCAUGAAGGAAUUUGGGAGAACACACCCAUGAAUGCAUAG